AAAUUUAUUAUGGCACGGAAAAGAUGUACAAUUUGACAUUGCCGAAACCGGAAUUCAGACGCCGCCAAACCAUUUUCUUCGGGAUUCGCGUCAUUUUCUCGUAAAAACUGAUUAUUUUGUGCUGUUUGUACUAAACUAAACAUUCGAUCAAAAUGGUUCAAUCAAACGGUGCCGAAUUGACCGAACAUGAGGCAGAACUGUACGAUCGCCAGAUCCGUCUGUGGGGAUUGGAUUCUCAGAAGCGCCUCCGUUCCGCUCGCAUUCUUAUUUCCUGCAUAAAUGGCUUAGGUGCAGAAAUAGCCAAGAACAUCAUUUUGGCCGGAGUUAAAUCCGUCACACUGCUGGACGACCGGAAAGUUACGGAAGAAGACUAUUGCUCUCAAUUUCUCGCUCCGCAAUCGUCUCUCGGAACCAAUCGUGCCGAAGCAUCACUUGCCCGUGCUCAGAACUUAAACCCGAUGGUCGAAUUAAAGGUAGACACCGCAGCGCUCGACACGAAGGAAGACGCAUAUUUCAAGGAGUUCGAUGUGGUUUGUCUUAUCGGUGCGUCUACCGCACAGCAUUUACGCGUAAACACCGUGUGCCGUGAGGCAAAUGUGAAAUUUUUCGCCACGGACGUUUGGGGCAUGUAUGGAUUCUGUUUCGCUGAUUUGCAAAAGCACGAGUUCGCGGAAGAUGUCACAAAGUAUGUGGUGGUAUCGAAACCACACGAGAAACCCAAAUCUGAAUCCGUUAGCAGUACGGUGAAGUGUACGUUGGAAUUUCCACCCUAUCAGUGUCUAGUGGAUUUCGAUUUUCGGGAUGCAUCGUAUGCACGGCGACUGCAAAGAAACGGACCGGCGCUUCCCAUACAACGAGUGUUGCAAAAAUUCCGUGACCAGGAACAGCGUGAUCCGGCCUAUGCUAAGCGUGUGGAGGACCUAACGAAGCUGCUUCAACUGCGCGAUACGCUUGCCCCGGAAAUAAUUUCUGAUCAAUCCUUCGAUCACGUGUUUGCACAGAUUUCACCCGUGGCCGCUAUUGUGGGAGGUGUUGUCGCUCAUGAAAUCAUCAAGGUUGUCUCGCAGAAGGAAAGACCGCACCGCAAUGUGUUUCUGUUCAAUCCGGACAGUUGCUGUGGAUUUGUAGAUCUUAUCGGUGCGGAGAUGUAAGACUUACAGGGAAUUUACUUUAUAAUCUAGCCUUCUAUCACUGGGUUCACACCUAAUCGUACGUUACAAUGCAUCCUCAUGUGAUGUGAUUGCGUUGCACUAAUAUACAAACAAGAACGGGAAAUCAUUUUGCACGAGACAAUAUCAGUCCAAUCGACUUGAAUGUAUUUUUUUUCAAUAUAACAUAUUCAUACAUGUGUUACUUCUCAAUAAAUCUCCAUCGUACCGUCAUAAACAUGACGUUCUUUCCAA